AUGAAAGUGAAAGAACCCUCAAGUUUUCGACCCUCAUCGUCUGAAAUGUGUGGCAUGUUAGAGAAGGCAAACCUCGAAAACCGUGGCUUCCAAAAGGAAGUUGUCAGAAAGUCGUUUCAGAAGUCUGGAAGAACCGGAUCGGAUUUUGAGGUAAGAAUUAUGCAUGUUAAGAAAAUACAUAGCAGUUUAUUUAUCUUUUUAUUUGUUUUCCUUUAAUGCCAUACAUCGUUUACAAAAACCUAUAUUACUAUCAGUACUUAACAUUACUUACAAUACUAGCGCUUGUACUUUGAUGUACAGUACUAAUUUUUUUUUUUAAGUGCAGUACCAACAAUAUUUCAUUGCUUACCAAGGUGAUAACGAUAUUAUCAUUACUGAUAACACAAAAUGA